GUGAUCGCCCCUACCCAAAUUUCUCAACCGGGUUCUUCGUGAUUGGCGGGUUGGUGGCCAUUAUCGUUUUGUUCGCCGGUCGGGUUAGGUCAAUAAGAUUUAAUAAUUGGAAGCCAUUGACAGUAAACUGGUGACAUAAUUCUCUGCAAAAUGCAGUACCACAACGGAUACCAAAACGGCAAUAAUAUGUAUCGCUCUAGAUCUGACCGAGGUGAACAAUACGGUAAGCAGUCAAAUUACUGGGGUGGCCCUCCUCAUACUAUUGCUCCAGUUCAAGAUUUUGGAGGACCGAACAUUAAACAACAACACAACAACAAGAACACCCAAGCACAAAACUGCACUUUGAUCAAGCCGAACUGGGAUAUGAGGGCAUUGAAGCCAAUCAUGAAGAAUUUCUAUAUGCCUCAUGCAAAUGUACAAAACAGGACAGAAGGUCAUGUACAUAAAUACAGGGAGGGAAAGGACAUCAUCGUGAGGGGCAACAACGUUCCGUAUCCUAACGAGACUUUCGAGGAGGGAAAUUUUCCGGACUACGUCAUGAAUGAAAUUUCGAAGCAGGGAUUUGCUGAGCCCACCGCAAUCCAAGCGCAGGGUUGGCCCAUCGCUCUAUCAGGUCGAGAUAUGGUUGGUAUUGCCCAGACUGGUUCGGGUAAAACACUGGCUUAUAUGUUGCCAGCUACAAUUCAUAUUAAUAACCAGCAACGACCGCAAUGCGGUGAGGGUCCCAUUGCGCUGGUGCUUGCUCCCACAAGAGAGCUCGCUCAGCAGAUCCAGAAGGUUGCUCGUGAUCUUGGUCAAACGACGAUGAUCCGCAACACAUGUAUAUUCGGGGGUUCCCCGAAAGGACCUCAGGCGAGGGACUUGGAACGAGGUGUUGAGAUUGUAAUUGCAACUCCUGGUCGUUUGAUUGAUUUUCUUGAGAAGGGUACAACCAAUUUGACGCGUUGUACAUAUUUAGUUCUUGAUGAAGCAGAUCGUAUGCUGGACAUGGGAUUUGAACCUCAAAUUCGUAAAAUUAUUGAACAGAUCAGGCCAGAUAGGCAAGUAUUGAUGUGGUCGGCAACAUGGCCCAAACAAGUGCAGGCGCUAGCUGAAGAAUUUUUGGAUGAUUACAUUCAGAUUAAUAUUGGUGGCCUGGCAUUAUCUGCCAACCACAAUAUACGUCAAAUCGUCGAUGUGUGCGAAGAAUCUGAUAAGGAGGGAAAGCUGUGCCAGCUUUUAAAGGAAAUUGGUUCAGACAGAAAUAAUAAGAUUAUUAUUUUUGUGGAAACCAAGAAGAAAGUUGAUGAUAUCACCAAAACUAUAAGGCGAGAGGGUUAUUCAGCCAUAUCUAUCCAUGGCGAUAAAUCUCAACCUGAAAGAGAUUUCGUGUUGUCGGAAUUCCGCAAUGGAAAAUCCUCCAUUCUCGUGGCUACCGAUGUUGCUGCUCGUGGGUUGGAUGUCGAAGAUGUAAAAUAUGUUAUAAAUUUCGAUUAUCCAAAUUCAAGUGAAGAUUAUGUCCAUCGUAUCGGUCGUACCGGACGUUGCCAGCAAGCUGGAACUGCGUACGCUUUCUUCACUAUGGCCAACCAAAGACAGGUGAAAGAUCUUAUUGCCGUAUUAGAGGAAGCUGGUCAAGUUAUCAAUCCCUCUUUGCGAGAGAUGGUUAUGGUUUCUCGCGGUAAUCCCAACGCUCGCAAUCGCUGGAACACCAGAACGAAGGACAAUUCGUCGCCAAAUUCAAACAGUUCUAUUAAUAGAACCAAGACUUGGACUAACAAGAGCAAUCACCCAGAGUCGCGGCCAUUGAAUGGAAGACACAUGAACGGCAACAUCAGACCGAAUAUGGAGUCGACAUACAGACCGAAGUCUAAUUACCAAAAUAAUCCGCAGAGUGUUUAUCAAUCGAGUGCUGCCGGACAGUACCAGAACAGUGGUCAAACUUAUCCGAUGAACAACUAUGGACAGCAGUAUCAGAACCCUGGGCAACCAAGAAACAAUUAUGGAAAUAGUGGCCGCCAAUUUAAUAAUCAAAGGUAUAAUCCCCAGCGUCAACAGUAUGCUGGGCCGCCUCCAGCCAGCAGCCCAGGAAUGUAUCAAGCAAUGCCGCCUCAGUACAUGAACAUGAUGGCUGGACCUACUCCCAACGAUGGUAUGCAGUCGAUAAUAAACAGUAAAUUCUUCCAAACACGCGGCUUGCCCAAUAGUGCAAAUCCUUGCGCCUACCAAUCUAUGGGUGGCAAUCAAGGUCCGUACAACCAAUAUUCCGCUCCCAUGCCUUACACCACAUACCCAUAUACACAACCACCUACGGCUGCUGUCCAGCAGUAAACGUCAUAUAAAGCCAAAAUAAUACACUCUUAUUAUCAACCUCAAUAAUUUUGGUUUGCCACAUGUAUGAUUUUUUUUUUCAAAAGAUGUUUAUUCGUUUAAUAUUAAAAAAUUAAAAUGGGAAAUACUUUUAAUUUGAUUUGGGCCAGGGCAAACUUUACAUUUAAAAUUCAAAUAAUAUGAACAUAAAUAUUCAAGGAAACUAUAAAAAAAAAAUAAGAGUAGUAAUUGGCAUUGUAUUUGGUGUUGGUUUAUAUUAUCGUCUAUAUAAUCUAUAUUAAGCUUCGCUUUAUUUUUGUUGAAAAAAAAAAGAUAAUAAUACUGCAGACAACAGUUUAGGUAAUUGUGUAACUAAAAAAAAAUAUUUAAAAAGAACCGCAGCGUCUCUGGUGCUCCUAUUUCCAUGCCACUCCCCUCUUGCACUGUUGCCCUGGAAGACCUGCGGAUUAUUACAUAUAUUAUAUAUAAUCUUAGUGUGUAUUUGUGUGUUCUCAUCCGUUCUCAUCGGAUGAGAAAUUAGCAUAGUUUCAAAAAAUUGUCUCUACCUGUAUGCUGUUGAAAUGCACGAAACUAAUAGAAGGGGAGAUCAGGCUUCUAUUUAUAAUUUGUACUUUCUUUUUCUUUCUUUUUUGUUAAUUAUUAUUUUAUAUAUAUUCAUAGAUUGUUAGCUUUAGUCACAAACAAACGGAAAUAGCAUUUAUCUGAACUAAAGAUUACUGCAACAUAUAAAUACUGGAUGGAAACAUUUUCAUCAUGCAGAGAGUAAACUGGAUAAUCGAUAAGUCUUUCACAGUCAAACUUCUAUAUUUACAUAUUAUAUAUUUAAUUAUGUCCGUAACAA